UUAUUUUUAGAUUUGAUAUAUUGUAGUGUUAUUACCUUUCUUAGGACCUGUUUGAUUACAUGAUAAAGAUGUAGGAUUGGACUGUUAAUCCUAUCAAAUUCAUAUUCUUGCAUUUGGAUCACACAAACGGCAUAUGGCUUAAUAAUACGUAGGAUUCUUAAUCCUACAAAAUUUUCGUAUAUCUAAUACCAAAGGAGAGUAGGUAUUAGCAAUUCUACACAUACUUAUCCCAUGAGAUUGUUAAUCCCAUCACUAGUACUCCAAAUAAUCAAACAGGGCCUUAGACCCUACUACUAUCCACUGUGUAUUUUUUUAUUUUUUUUUUUAAUUCUCAUAAAUUUUUUUAGGGGAGAACCAAUAACAAAUCCUUCUUUGGGAACUAUGGAGAGAGAGAUGGAUGCCUUAAUUGUAAACAAGAGAGUGAAGAGAGGGAGAGCAUAAAACUUCGUUAACAAGAAAGAGAUGUUUAAUAAUGUCCCAUUCAACCUAACAGAAACCCACAAGGAAUGAGUAAUAGAUGCUUCCCUUUAUCAGCAUGCUAUCGUAUCAUAAGAAACACAAAAGGGAAAAGAAGAAGAAGAAGAAGAAGAAGAAGAAGAAAGUCUAUCACAAUAAGCAUAAAUAUUACAAUGCCUUAGCAGAAUCAGAUUCCAAAAUGCAAGAGAGGAAUUCCCACAUGACAAUCCAAACAUUAAUCAACUGUUCAUCAUCAUCAUAAAAAUGCCCUCAAAUUCUUCAUAAUCCUCAUACUAAUCAAUAGCUUGAUCUUGACUGUGUUCGAUUCUCAGCUUUAAUGUCAGCAUACCCAAUAAAGUAUUGCUGCAUGGUGAUGAGGAUGAAUAUAGACUGCAAUGGUUGUUACAGGAAACUAAGGUCAAUCCUCCUCAACAUGAAAGAAAUAGAGACACACUUGAUAGAGAAGCAACACUGCAGGGUGUCUGUGUGCGGGAGAUUUAGACCGUCCGAUGUGACUAUAAAGAUAAGGAAGAAAAUGAAACGCAGAGUCGAAAUCUUGGACAUUCAAGAAGAGUCCGCCGGCACUGGCUUCUAAGGUGAUGUAGGUCAGAAUCAUCAUAUGCAAACACAACAACCCACAAGUUUCUUUGUAACAACACAUUGCAUGAGUUGGCAAGGAUAGAUGAUGAUAUGCCUUCACAUUUUGGAGGGGAGAUAUUUGUAUAUAGCACCUCCAAAAUGAUUGUACAUAUCAAUAUGGAGUAUAUGAUUUAGGGACAUAUGUAUGAUGUAUUCAAGAAAAAACACACAAUGUAAGUAAGUUGUUACAUGGAUUUUUUUUCUCUUCA